CGGGACGGGACCGGCGGGGCUGGGCUGCACCGGGACGGGACGGGACGGGCCGGGCCGGGACCGGCGGGGCUGGGCUGCACCGGGACGGGACGAGCUGCACCGGGCCGGGCUCCGCACCGCCGCCAUGCAGAUGUCCUUCUACUUCUCGGACACGGCAGUGCUGCUCUUUGACUUCUGGAGCGUCCACACGCCCACCGGGAUGGUGCUCUCGGUGCUGGUGAUCCUGUUGCUGUCGAUGUUUUACGAAGCCAUCAAGAUGGGCAAGGCCGUGCUGCUGCGGCGGGCGCUGCUGGCUCUGCCCCGCAGCCUCAGCCAGGAGUCACUGGUGGAGCCGGAGGAGGGGGGCACCGGCCCUGCGCAGGGCAGGUGGUUUCGGUACCAUGUCGGCCAGACGCUGUUUCACGUGGUGCAGGUGGUGCUGGGCUACAUGGUGAUGCUGGCCGUCAUGUCCUACAACGCCUGGAUUUUCCUCGGGGCCAUCGCGGGCUCCACGCUAGGCUAUUUCAUGGUGUACCCCCUGCUCGGUCGGGGCUAGGCAACCCCCCGGGACGGUGAGCGAUGUGCUCCGCACCUCCUGCUACUUUGUCUGGAAUAGCUGCUGUCACUUCUGCUGGGUCUGUCCUCGUCCCCGUGCUGAGGGACACAGCACCCCAGGGACUUGCUGCGGGGACCCUCAGUGCUGGCCCGACUCAGGUGGGCAGGCGCUGGGGAAGGGGAGCCCCGUGGGCAGUGCUCUGCCACGCUGCCAUCGCCACCGUCCUCGGCUGGUGGCUGUCCCCCAGCUCUCAGGGAGCUUUGGCUGGGUGAUGAUGGCUGCGGGGUGCUGGGCAUUUCGUUCCCCCCACGCAUACUUUUCGGGGGGGUUCAUCCUGGCUGGAAUGGGAAUGGUCCAGUGACCUGCUGGGGAAGGGGACUUGAUGGGGACAGGCACCCUUGCCCUCCUGCCCAGAGCUGACCUGCACCAAGCCCCUCUUCACACAGUGCCUUCUGGGGAUAACGGGGGUCCUGCUGCCCCCCUCCUCGCCCCCUACUCCUGCGCAGUGCUUCAGGGAUGGGGUCGGACCAGCCCCCGAGCCGUCAGUGUGGCCGUGCCGAGGGGAAGCUGCUGCUGUGGGUGCCUCUUGCUGCUUCCUUGGGACGCCCCUUUUAAUAAAAUCGUCUAAGUC